UGGCUCUCAAACCGAAGCACAGCGCCCCCGGAGUGCCAGUGGCACGGAAAGAUCUGAGCCCGAAAUCAGCUCAGUCCAACCUACGGGAGGUGACUGACCGACUGGCCGGCCAGUCGGGCUGCAGGGUGGUCGAGGAGCGAAACAAGCGGUAAAGAAAGUGAGCCGACAUGAGUGGACGAGUCGGCGAUCUGAGCCCCCGGCAGGAGGAAGCGUUGGCACAGUUUCGGGAGAACAUUCUAGACAUCCUGCCCAGCCUGCCUGCCCAACAUGACCACUUCUUAUUGCGCUGGCUCAGAGCCAGGAAUUUUAACCUUCAAAAAUCGGAAGCAAUGCUUCGCAAGCAUGUUGAAUUUCGGAAGUACAUCAAGGCCGACACGAUCCUGACAGAGUGGCAGCCCCCUGAGGUUAUCGAGCGUUAUCUUUCAGGUGGUUUAUGCGGACACGACCGGGAUGGAUGUCCUAUUUGGUUUGAAGUUAUAGGCCCCCUGGAUCCCAAAGGGCUCCUGCUAUCUGCAUCCAAGCAGGACUUCCUCAAAACCAAGGUGCGCGACUGUGAGAGGCUACAGAAGGAGUGCCGGCUACAGACCGAAAAGCUGGACAAGCAUGUGGAAGCCAUCACCAUGGUCUACGACUGUGAGGGACUGGGAAUGAAGCACUUGUGGAAGCCAGCUAUGGAGGCAUUUGGGGAGGUGCUCACCAUGUUUGAAGAAAAUUACCCAGAAGGUCUUAAACGCCUGUUUGUUAUUAAAGCUCCGAAGCUUUUUCCAGUGGCAUACAACCUGAUCAAGCAUUUGCUGAGUGAGGACACACGACGGAAGAUCAUGGUGCUAGGAGGAAACUGGCAACAGGUGCUGAAGAAGUACAUUGAACCUGACAUGCUGCCAGCCUGCUAUGGUGGGACGCUCACAGACCCCGAUGGAGACCCGCUCUGCAAAACCAUGAUCAAGUAUGGCGGAGACGUCCCACAGUCCUACUACGUACGAGAUUCCAUCAAGCCACAGUAUGAACAAACUCUGACGAUCAACCGAGGCUCGUCGCAGAAGCUUGAAUAUGAGAUCCUGUUCCCGGGUUGUGUGUUGAGGUGGCAGUUUUGCAGUGAAGGGGCAGACAUUGGCUUUGGCAUUUUUAUGAAGACAAAAAGUGAAGAGCGGCAGAGGGUGGGUGACAUGGUUGAGGUGGUCCCAAAUCAGCGCUAUAACGCCCACCUCGUGCCCGAAGACGAUUCCUUCACCUGUCAGGAACCUGGCGUCUAUGUGCUCCGGUUUGACAACACCUACAGUCUGUUCCACUCUAAGAAGGUCAGCUUCAAUGUGGAGGUGCUGCUGCCUGACCGAGGGGCUGAGACGCAGGCACAGGAGACGGGGGCAGCGGCCAACUGCCAGUAAGGACCAGACGGACUACUCCAAACCAUUAUGCUGCUACAGGAUUCCGGACUUUCUGUGGUUACCAGUGUGGGUGUACGGAUAAUCGGUUAAUGAGGAGGGUUGGGAUUGCAUUCCCCGUUUUGAAGCCACAGAACCUGUUCUGAAAAGAUGAUCAUAAUGUGUUUGAUCAGGUCUUGCCUGGCAUAAACGAUACUGUCAUAAAAUCUAGGCCAGAGUGAAUGAGCUUUGAGCUGGAAAAAUCAAAUAUGGAUAAUGGAGGGAUGGGAAUAGAAAAGAGCCUCAGGGAUUUCAUUUUCCAUUUUUGGUAAUCUGCAAUGACACCCCUCACCUGCAGACACCAUACCCAGUUUUUCUGGUCAAUCCAAAUAGAAGACGCUGGCAUUAGGAUGAUAAUGCUGAUGGAAACUCUUAGUCUCGUAAUAGUAAAGUGCCAUGGCAGUCAAGAAAAUAAAUCGCAGACUAGAAACCUGAAUCUACCUGUACAAACCCCCCUGUUAGAAGAGAAUGAAACCCAUCAUCUUGUCACAACUAUAGGGUCCAAAGAAACAACACGCUCUGCAUUCAGGUUCCUGUCCUGGGCUCUGUCUGUGUGGAGCUUGCACCUUCUCUCCAUAUUUGUAUAAGUUUUCAUCUCCCACCUGAAGAUGUUAGUGUCAUAUUACUGGCCUGGCAUGAGUGACUGUGGGUAUGUGCGUGACUGUCCACCUUAUCCACAACUGAUUCCUGCCUUACACCCAGUGCUGCUUCAGUCUCUCGUAACCAUAAAUUACAUUUAUGAAGGUUAAUUCAAACAAUAUCCACUAAGUAUCAUUUACAGGGGAGUGGCAUGUUCUCCCCAUGUUCAUGUGGGUUUUCCUCUGGGUGCUCUGCUUCUCUUCCACAGUCCAAAGACGUGCUGGUUAGAACAUUAGAACACUCUGGACGAGAACAGGCCAUUCAGCCCAACAAAGCUCGCCAGUCCUCUCCACUUAUGUCUUCCACAAAAACAUCAACUCGAGUUUUGAAAGUCCCUAAAGUCUUACUGUCUACCACGCUACUUGGUCGCUUAUUCCCUUCUAAAACUUCCCUUCAUAACUUUUAACACUUUAAUAAUAAUAAUAAUACAUUCCCAUGCUCUAAUCAUGUCACGUCUUAAUCUUCUUUUGCUUAAAGGUUAAGGUUAGGUUAGAGAGAGAGAGAGAGACCGCCAAUGGUAAAUUAGCCCCCGGACGUGUGUGUGUGUGUGUGAUUACCUUGUGAUGAGAUGGUGCUGUGUCCAGGGAUCGCUCCUACCUUGUGCCCAAUGCCUGCUGGGAUAGGCUCCAGCUGUGUAAGUGUGUACAGAAGAUGUACGGAUGGAUCGUUUACAGGCUUGGGAAACUUCCAGUAGCAGGCCUCACCAGGUGAAGUAAGAAUAUUGUGCCCUUAUGACCUGCUAGCCUAAAAGAAAUGGCAGCAGUCUCUCUAUCUCUCUCUUCUAGAUGUAUCUCAGCACCAAAUCACUUCCUGUGAUGAGAAGCCCCCAAGAGCUGGGCCAUUCAACAAAGACUCAAGUUCGGUUUUACCACUCUGGGGUGAUCCACAUAGGGGACUCGUGUGGAUGCUGCUUACGUUGCACCUUCUCCUUCUGCGUGCACGAGGCUCUUCUGGUUUCUUUCCACAUCUUAAAAGAUCUCCAAAUUGGAUUAAGUGGCCGCAAUAAAUUGGUUUACAUUGAGCGAGCGAGCGAGCAAAUAGGUGACUACGCCCUGCACGGACUGACUGGGGAUUUUAUGUCUGGCUUUGGAAAGGCUUAAAAUGGAAAGGCACCCUGGAAAAUGGAUGGCCUCACAGACCUGGGUUCAUCUCCUAGCCCGUGUGGAGUUUAUACACAACAAUGCAAGUUAUUCUUUUGUAUGGCGCUCUUCACUGAGUGCAGGCGCAGACCGGCGUGAACACUUCUCAGUGAAAAGACAAAGCGUAGAUUAUACUAAUUAUUAAUACAGAAUUGAUACACAUAGAAAUACAGUUUACAUACGUAUGGGUUUUCUCCAACUUUUGAGUAGACUGGCACCUGAUCUAGACUUGGGUCCAGCCGAUUAAAUAUGUGUCAUGGAACAGUAAUGCUAAGAAACUGACGGGUGUUCAGGAGACGCUUGUCUCUUACCAGCGUGUCCACUGAACCGAGCGGCAGUGCCAUCACGGUGUACGUCCACAUUGUAAAGUCAACGAAGGAUUCCUGCAAUGAUUACUGCAGCCUGUUCUUGUACAUGCCAGCUAUUGUGAAUUGUAGGCUUUGCGACAUGACGUCUGGUGACAACAUAUUUGAUGACUUUGGGUAGCCGUCUCAGCAGGACAUCUUGCUCUUUAAUGGCGUGUCUCUAAUUGUGCAUUGUGGGAUUACUGUAGGUUACCAUUCCAGUGCAUUAUUUUCCUACUGUAAAAUGUAUUUGAUAAUACAUUGUCCUAGAGCUUAAUCAAUGAUAUUUGUGAUUCUUGAUUUACCUGGUAUAAUAAAAACAUCAGGAAUUUUCUGAA